AUGAGCGACGAGCUGUGCUACGCGUUCGAGGCCAAGUUCCCCCACUGCGAGAUCAGCCAGGGCUGGGGCCUCACCGAGUCGAGCGUCGCGAUCGGAUACAAUGGCGCCGAGACGGGGCCGAAGAGCUGCGUCGGGCGCCUGCUGCCGACGUGGGAGGCGCGGCUCGUCAAGGACGGCAAGGACGUCGCGCCUGGCGAGGAGGGUGAGAUCUGGGCACGAUCCCCGGCCCUCAUGGAGGGCUACCACGACAACCCGAAGGCGACAGCGGACUGCAUGCACGGCGACUGGUUCAAGACGGGCGACGUCGGGCGCAUCGACGAGGACGGCUUCAUCUACAUUGUCGACCGCGUCAAGGAGCUCAUCAAAUACAAGGGCUACCAGGUAGCGCCGGCCGAGCUCGAGGCGCUGCUGCUGCAGUGCCCCGGCGUGAAGGACGCCGGCGUCGUCGGCGUCUACAGCGAGGCGCAAGCGACCGAGCUGCCCCGCGCAUACGUUGUCGCCAACGCGAGCCCCGACUUCAUCGCCGAGUGGGUCAAGGAGCGGGUGUCCAACCCGAAGCGGCUCCGCGGCGGCGUUGUCCUUGUCGACAGCAUUCCCAAGAGCCCGAGCGGCAAGAUCCUUCGCAAGGAUCUCCGGACCCGCGCUGCGCAGGAGAUGGCCAAGUUGUAA